GCUUCAUCGCAGCAGCUGAAAUUCACAACCUCCGACUCGUGUGACCGAAUCAAGGAUGAGUUCCAGUUCCUCCAAGCACAAUACCACAGGUACCCAUUUAGCACUGUUGUUUCUCACACAAACCCUUCAACCAAGGCUUAUCAGAUGAACUAGGGGUUAAGAUACUAAACCUGUCUGCUAUUUGUGAAUACUCUGAGCAUAACCAUAUCUUUGUAGGUGAGUGUACAGACUAGAACACUUGAAUUAUAUUCUGCUAUGAGUUACAGUGGGGGGGUCAUGCAGCAAGACAAUGAUCCAAAACACACAAUCAAGUCUACAUGAAAAUGGUUAAAAAGCAACAAAGUAUACGUUUGGAAUGGCCUAGUCAAAGUCCAGACCUAAUCCCAAUUGAGAUGUUGUGGCAGGACUUGAAACGAGCCGUUCAUGCUUGAAAACCCACAAAUGUCGCUGAGUUAAAGAAGUUCUGCAUGCAAGAGUGGGCCAAAAUUCCUCCACAGCGAUGUGAGAGACUGAUCAACAACUACAGGAAGCAUUUGGUUGCAGUCAUUGCAGCUAAAAGUGGCACAACCAGUUAUUGAGAGUAAGGGGGCAAUUAAUUUUUCACACAGGGGAACUGGAUGUUGCAGAACUUUGUUAACCAAAAAAUAUAUAUUUAUUUAAUUAUUUGUAAACUCAGGUUCCCUUUAUCUAAUAUUAGGUUUUGGUUGACGAUCUGAUAACAUUCAGUAUCACAAAUAGAGAAAAUCACAAAGGGUGCAAAUAAUUUUUCUCGGCAUUGUAUAUUGGUGUACAUACAGUACACAUUAUGUAGAGUAGCCUAUGAAUGGCUGUGGUUGAGGUUAGAUCUGAGGAAUGGUCUCUACCAUCUGUGUCUGUGAUGCCUACUGUACAGUGGGGGGAAAAAAGUAUUUAGUCAGCCACCAAUUGUGCAAGUUCUCCCACUUAAAAAGAUGAGAGAGGCCUGUAAUUUUCAUCAUAGGUACACGUCAACUAUGACAGACAAAUUGAGAAAAGAAAAUCCAGAAAAUCACAUUGUAGGAUUUUUUAUGAAUUUAUUUGCAAAUGAUGGUGGAAAAUAAGUAUUUGGUCACCUACAAACAAGCAAGAUUUCUGGCUCUCACAGACCUGUAACUUCUUCUUUAAGAGGCUCCUCUGUCCUCCACUCGUUACCUGUAUUAAUGGCACCUGUUUGAACUUGUUAUCAGUAUAAAAGACACCUGUCCACAACCUCAAACAGUCACACUCCAAACUCCACUAUGGCCAAGACCAAAGAGCUGUCAAAGGACACCAGAAACAAAAUUGUAGACCUGCACCAGGCUGGGAAGACUGAAUCUGCAAUAGGUAAGCAGCUUGGUUUGAAGAAAUCAACUGUGGGAGCAAUUAUUAGGAAAUGGAAGACAUACAAGACCACUGAUAAUCUCCCUCGAUCUGGGGCUCCACGCAAGAUCUCACCCCGUGGGGUCAAAAUGAUCACAAGAACGGUGAGCAAAAAUCCCAGAACCACACGGGGGGACCUAGUGAAUGACCUGCAGAGAGCUGGGACCAAAGUAACAAAGCCUACCAUCAGUAACACACUACGCCGCCAGGGACUCAAAUCCUGCAGUGCCAGACGUGUCCCCCUGCUUAAGCCAGUACAUGUCCAGGCCCAUCUGAAGUUUGCUAGAGUGCAUUUGGAUGAUCCAGAAGAGGAUUGGGAGAAUGUCAUAUGGUCAGAUGAAACCAAAAUAGAACUUUUUGGUAAAAACUCAACUCGUCGUGUUUGGAGGACAAAGAAUGCUGAGUUGCAUCCAAAGAACACCAUACCUACUGUGAAGCAUGGGGGUGGAAACAUCAUGCUUUGGGACUGUUUUUCUGCAAAGGGACCAGGACGACUGAUCCGUGUAAAGGAAAGAAUGAAUGGGGCCAUGUAUCGUGAGAUUUUGAGUGAAAACCUCCUUCCAUCAGCAAGGGCAUUGAAGAUGAAACGUGGCUGGGUCUUUCAGCAUGACAAUGAUCCCAAACACACCGCCCGGGCAACGAAGGAGUGGCUUCGUAAGAAGCAUUUCAAGGUCCUGGAGUGGCCUAGCCAGUCUCCAGAUCUCAACCCCAUAGAAAAUCUUUGGAGGGAGUUGAAAGUCCGUGUUGCCCAGCGACAGCCCCAAAACAUCACUGCUCUAGAGGAGAUCUGCAUGGAGGAAUGGGCCAAAAUACCAGCAACAGUGUGUGAAAACUUACAGAAAACGUUUGACCUGUGUCAUUGCCAACAAAGGGUAUAUAACAAAGUAUUGAGAAACUUUUGUUAUUGACCAAAUACUUAUUUUCCACCAUCAUUUGCAAAUAAAUUCAUAAAAAAUCCUACAAUGUGAUUUUCUGGAUAUUUUUUUUUCUCAUUUUACAUUUACAUUUACAUUUUAGUCAUUUAGCAGACGCUCUUAUCCAGAGCGACUUACAGUUAGUGAAUACAUAUUUUUUUUAUACUGGCCCCCCGUGGGAAUUGAUCCCACAACCCUGGCGUUGCAAACGCCAUGCUCUAUCAACUGAGCUACAUCCCUGCCGGCCAUUCCCUCCCCUACCCUGGACGACGCUGGGCCAAUUGUGCGCCUCCCAUGAGUCUCCCGGUCGCGGCCGGCUGCGACAGAGCCUGGAUUCGAACCAGGAUCUCUAGUGGCACAGUUAGCACUGCGAUGCAGUGCCUUAGACCACUGCGCCACUCAGGAGUUUUGUCUGUCAUGGUUGACGUGUACCUAUGAUGAAAAUUACAGGCCUCUCUCAUCUUUUUAAGUGGGAGAACUUGCACAAUUGGUGGCUGACUAAAUACUUUUUUUCCCCACUGUAUGUUGCGUAAGUAUACAGUGUGGAGUACUAGAGUACACUGCUGCUCAUGGUUCUGUGCAAAAGCUCACAGGAAUAACCUACAUGAUUAGAAUAUCAAAUAAAUCACAUCAAGACUAAUACAUUUUCUUUCACCCCACCGUUUAACCCCAUUCAGAGGCAUACAGAAGCAGUUGAAAGAAUACAUUCUAGUAGUGUGUGUGCUGUUGCUCCAGAGGAGAAGACAUGAAAAUAUUUUUUUAUUUCUUUAAGAGCAGACCAAUGGAUGUGUGUGUCAGUUCUAUUUGGAACCCUAGUCUAGAACUUUGUUCUCUUUCAUGUAAUAAAAAGCACUGUUAUUGAUGUACCGCUAUAACCACAACCCAACAAAAUUGGCAGUUGCUAGAUGGUACAAGGUCAUUUGUUUUACCUGCAUUGAGAUGUACCAGAGAGUACAGUAUAUUGCUCUGUUUGAUUCAUGACUAAAUGUGUGGAGUUCAUGGAUCUCAUGUUACCCAAGGAAGGUUUCCUCUUAAUGGAUUUCUAGCCUUUGAAGCAGCAGGGCUACAACUGCCUCUGAUUCCCUCCCUCUAUUUACCUGUGGUAUAGGAACUAGGAAGUGUAUUGGCUGAGGUUUUCUUUCCUCCCUGUUCCAUUGAGCUUCAUCAGAGGAGAAGCAGAUAAAAGCCUGUGUGUUUGUUCGUUGUGUGAAAUUUCUGUCUGUCUGAUCAUCAGUCCAUUCCUAGUGUAGCAGGAACACCUCAGAGCCUGGGCUUUGGUGUGUAAUUCCCUAGACAACCCACCGCCCCACUGUUUAACCCCCUUCAGAGGCAGAUGGAAGCAGUUGAAAGAAUACCUUUUCUCUACGCCGUAUUCAGAGCAUGCAUACCCGCUGCCUAAUGACUUGAGCUGAGGAUAGACAAGGCUUUGUAGAAGGCUGCGUUCAGCCCUUUUAAAGGGAAAUGUUCUGCAGGUGGUCUCCUGAGCAUAGUAGCAAGCAUUGUAUCUGUUGCUCCCCCCCCCUCACAUGCAUAAAUAGAUCAGGGAAUACAUCAAUCAAAAUAAAGAUGACAGCAGGAGCGAUUUAGAGGCGGAAGGAGCGGCAAUAAAACUCCAUCAAAGUGUCGUUUGAGAGUGUCUCUCCGAGCCCCCGGGCCGCCUCCACCAAUCACAAGCGCACAAAGACAAUCACAAUCCGCUCUCAGGUAGGGUGGCAGCAGGGGAGGCUGGUCGUCAUGACAACCAACCCCUUUGUUUGCGCUCGCACUGCUGGAUUUUAUUUUAUUUAUUUUUUUGGAGGGGGAGGAGGAAAAAGCGAUUUGGCUAAGUGGAGGCUGCAGGCGAAAGAGGAGUAGAGAUGGAGGGCCGGAGGGAGGGAGGGAGCUGUCUGAAUGAAAUGCGCCCCCUGAGCACUUGUUUGGUCAGGGAAUCUGAGGACUGCUGUUGAAUUGUAAUGAGGUGGUUUAUUCUUUAAAGGAAAAUAUUUGUUUGUCAAAAGAAAACUAUUUUAGAUGUAAAUGGCAUGUUAUAGACACCUUUUUUGGUGAUUUUACUUGUUUUUGAUAGACUUACCCCAAACAACAAAUCACUUCCUCAUUCUCGUGUUGUGCAUUAUGAGGGCCCUGAAAAAACAUGAACAAACACAAAUGCGUCCUUUUCGAAAACUGCAAAGCUCUCAGUAUAGUGAUGCAGGUCUUUAAAUGUUGUACAUAAGAAAUUGUCAUUCUGAACCUUAUCCUUAACGUAAUAGUCCCCUACGCAGAAGUGCAGACCGGGUGUGUCCUUAUAGUAUAAACUUAUGUUUAUCAAAAACAAGUGAAAUCACAAAGGUGUCUGGACCCUUCUAUAACAUGGCAUUUACAUCAAAAAUAGAGAUUUGGUUGUGUAAAAAAAUUAUCCUUUAACCUUUUCACUUUGGGCUGGGUUAACAGCGCAGCUUUUAUGAAUCCAUUUGCAUCCACUAUUUUUCCAUGUCAGUGUCGGAAUCAGCGGUGGCUAUGAGCAGCAGUUUCCCAGUUGGGAACAAUGAUGAGGAUUCGCCACAGCUAACGCUCUGCCUAAUUGAGUCUUCAUUCACAGUGAUGCUGACGGCACAGAUCCAGAUCCCAAAGACUAUCUUAACGUAAAUACACCAUUAUAAACCCUCGUCUGAUAUUCAUAACUGCUCCCUUCGUGUGUAUCAAUAUUAAUCAGGACACUCUGCAGAGGGGGAUGUCAACACUGACGCCAUUCCAAUAUGAAAGCUUGUGAUAAGUGGUGUGGCAGCAGAGACUUGGCCUCCUUUGUCCUGUCACCUCCUGUGACAUCUGCAGCAAGCGCUGUGACAUGAUUACAGCUAAUGGCUGUCUGCGAUGCAUCACAGAGCUGCACAUCCACGUCAUCCACAUCCACCAACCGUCUGCUUUUUAUAGGCAGGACAUUUAAAUCACUCUGGGUGUAUAUAUGGAUCUUUAUUGUGGUUUAUUUGGGAGGCUUUCUUCUCUUUUGGUGGGUUGACACCUUGUUAGAUCCAAUGAGGGAAGGAUGAAGUCAUUUCCUGGCUCCCUGAAGAGGUAUGGGUGAUGCUUCCUGGAGACUAAAGAUUUUAAAUUUUUCAUAUUUUUCCUCUUCUCUGCAGUUUGAAGCUGGAGUGUGACAAGCUGGCCAGCGAGAAGUCUGAGAUGCAACGUCAUUAUAUCAUGGUGAGUGUUUUUUUAAGUGUGUGUUUCUGUGUGUGUGUCUCACUGUCCAGUGUGUGUGUUUGCCUGUGUCAGUCCGUGUGUGAUACUGUGAGUGACCCUGCUCUGUCAAUGUCUACUUUGCAACGGCAUGCCCCCCCACACUUCUGGUGACUUUUUUAAAAGGACAUUCUACUCCAAAAUGCAUGAAAAUGUAAUGAUGUUGACACAAUCUGAAAUAUAACUGAUGCGCCCUACUGUAGGGAGAUGAGGAGCAAUUGGUGGCUGUGCGCUCGUGCGUGCGACUGCUAGGUCUGUUUGCUACAAAUAUACACUGAGUACAAAACAUUAGGAACUGUUCUUUCCAUGACAUAACUGACUAGGUGAAUCCAGGUGAAAGCUAUGACCCCUUAUUGAUGUCACCUGUUAAAACCACUUCAAUCAGUGUAGAUGAAGGAGAGGAGACAGGUUAGAGAAGGAUGUUCAUGCCUUGAGACAAUUGAGACAUAGAUUGUGUAUGUGUGCCAUUCAGUGGGUGAAUGGGCAAGACAAAAUAUUUAAGUGCCUUUCAACGGGGUAUGGUAGUAGGUGCCGGGCGCACCGGUUUGAGUGUGUCAAGAACUGCAACGCUGCUGGGUUUUUCACACUCCACAGUUUCCUGUGUGUAUCAAGAAUGGUCCACCAUCCAAAGGACGUCCAGCCAACGGCAGGCCAGUGGUCGAAAAACAGGUCCUUGAUGAAAGAGGACAAAGGAGGCUGACACGAAUUGUGCAGAGCAACAGAUGGGCUACAGUUAGUUAACUGACUGUCCAGUACAACAUUGGUGCCCAAAGACCCAUAAAAGAAUGCACAACUCGUCAUACCUUGACAUGAAUGGGGUAUGGCAGCCGACGACCUUAGAGUUCCACUUCUUUCAGCAAAAAACAAGAAACUGCGGUUGCAGUGGGCUAAGGAACGAAAACACUGGACAAUUGGAAAACAUUGCCUGGUCUGAUGAAUCCCGGUUUCUGCUCUUUCACGCUGAUGGGAGGACAAGGGUAUGGAGAAAACCACUUGAGUACUGUACAUGCAUCCAUCAUGCCGGCGUUGACAUUGCAGGCUGGUGGUGCUGGUGCUGGUGGGAUGUGUUUUCAUGGCACACAUUGGGAGCCUUGAUAUAAGUGGUGCAAUGUUUGAAUGCCACAGGAUAUCUGAACAUCAUUGCCAAUCAGGUGCAUCCCUCUGCGAAUUGAUUUUUUAGUCUCAGGGAAGCUCAUCUGCAUGCUCGUCGUCCUCACCAGGGUCUUGGCCUGACUGCAGACUGCUGGAGAAGUGUGCUGAAUCCCGGUUUCAACUGUACUGGGCAGAUGGCAGACUGUGAAUGGCGUCAUGUGGGCGAGCGGUUUAAUGACGUCAACGUUGUGGACAGUGUACCCCAUGGUGAGGUUAUGUUAUGGGCAGGCAUAAGCUAAGGACAAUGAACACAAUUGCAUUUUAUCGAUGGCAAUUUGAAUGCACAGUUACCGUGACGAGUAACUGAGGCCAAUAGUCGUGCCAUUCAUCCGCCACCAUCACCUCAUGUUUUAGCAUGAUAAUUCACAGCCCUAUGUCGCAAGGAUCUGUACACAAUUCCUGGAAGCAGAAAAUGUCUGUUCCUCCAUGGCCUGCAUACUCACCAAACAUGUCACACAUUGAGCAUGUUUGGGAUGCUCUGGAUCGACGCGUACGACAGUGUUCCAGUCCCCGCCAAUAUCCAGCAACUUCACACAGCCAUUGAAGAGGAGUGGGACAACAUUCCACAGGCCACAAUCAACAGCCUGAUCAACUCUAUGCGAAGGAGAUGUGUCGCUCUACAGGAGGCAAAUGGUGGUCACACCAGAUACUGACUGGUUUUAUGAUCCACAACACUACCUUUUUUUAAAGGUGUCUGUGGCCAACAGAUGCAUUUCUGUAUUCCUAGUCAUGUGAAAGGAUUAGGACCUAAUUAGAUUAGGGCCUAAUUAAUGUAAUUUCAAUUAACUGAUUUCUUUAUAUGAGCUGUAACUCAGUAAAAUUGUUCCCAUGUUGCGUUUUAUUUUUGUUCAGUGUAUAUUUGGGGCGCCGCUGCUAAAUGGAUAUAGGGGAAACACUGCAUUCAUACCACCUAGCACCUCCUCUGCAGGCAGGGGGAUGUUUAACACUGCAGCUAAAUAUGUCAACAAAACAUAUUUUCACCUUUUAUGGGAUAUUUUUGCAACAAGUAAUUGAAUUUGGCACCAUUUCAGUCUAGCAACUACAACAUAUAGCAAUAUUGCUAAAGUACACAGCAAUAUUGAAAAUACGAUCUCGCUCUUUUACCUUUGUCUCCAGUCUAUACUCUUCCUCUCUGUAGCCCUGUGCCCAUCUCUCUCUCUUUCUGUUUCUCUCUCUCCUCCCUCUUUCAUGUCAUUGUUCUCAGUCUUUUUAUCUCUCCUCCCUCUUAUGAUUCCUCCUUUAGUCUCUUCUGUGGUCCUUUUGUCUCUGGUGUUAUGUGUCAUCCCUUCUUUCCGCCAUCCUCUCCCCUCCUUCCCCCAACACAUACUCUCUACCUCUAGCUAAUCUCAUUGUCUCUGGCAAGGCCCGUGUAGCUGUCUGAUUCUGUCUCUAAUUGAUCCGUUGACUGGCUUAAUCUCAUCUAAUCUGUGAUGCGCUGCACUCGUAUCCAUCAGCGGAUCAGUGUGUUUGUAGCCCCAGCCUGGUCCCCCCUCCCUUAAUUGCCUAUCGGGUUCCCCUGCUUCGCCGGCUGCUAACGCCAGCGCCUCCAUUUCCCCAGCGCCAUAAUUGCUUUAGGGACGUGCCAUUUUGUCUGGACAGCCAACGCUCCCCCUCGUGUGUGUGUGUGUGUGUGUGUGUGUGGGGAGCGGGUGAUUUAACAGGGCUAAUGCUGAGCCACUGGCCCGCUCAUUAACGCAUAACAUACACACCAUCCCUUGCCGUCUCACAGCGACACAGGAGGACAACAGGGUGUGUGUGCGUGUAAAGGGUUUUACCUGGUGUAACAGUAAUGACAUGAUGCAUGACACCCAGGAGAUGGCUCUGUGGGACAGAAGGAAAUGCAUAUAGCUAGACAAUCUGCCUACACUCUACAGGACUUAAUGGAAUUUCCCUCUUUCUAUUAUUAUACUGGAAACAAUAUAAUAACGCCUCAUCUUCCUUCUGCUUUACAGUACUAUGAGAUGUCCUAUGGGUUGAACAUUGAAAUGCACAAGCAGGUAAGUCUCUCUCUGUCUACGUUAAUAGGAAACCCUCCUUCAGCAGUGGUGUCGGAGAUGGGAAUCGGUUCUUCUUAUCAUCAUGCCGCUUAUAGACAGACCGAGAGUGAAACAUCUCUCUCUGGCAUCGCUGAGAAAGCAUCCCUAUUCAGAGGGAUUGUUCUAAAGGAAGGAGCAGUACAGUACUGCGCAGGUUAAAGCUCUAGUCUCUGUAUUUUCCUACAUGGUCAGUGGAAGAGUAGCGUGCUGCUGUCUAAGGGGCUCAUCCGGUGCCCAUAGAUCCGGGGGGGGGGGGGGGGGGGUAAUUUAUGGGCCGGCUGCUGGGGGAGAGCGAUGGGCCUCUGUGGACCCGGCCUUAUCUGUGACCUCGUCUGGCGGUGACGGCCACGCUAAAAGAUUGACGGCUCCUCCAUGACAGCCACACCGGCAGCACAGAACACGCAGUGAAAAAUCGAGUCGCGCACACACACGCUCUAGCACGUACACACACAGCCCCUCGCUCUGCCUCAUGAGUACAAUUCAUCACCCCUACUCCUUUAUCUGACGGGGAUGAAAUAUUUAGAAAUUCAGAGGCAAGAGGGAGGGGGGGGGGCUGUGUGUGUGUGCGCGAGCGUGCUUGUGUGUGUAUCCCCAAUUAUGUAAGCGCGUGUGAGUGGGUGCAGAUGAACUGCGGCAGCAUUAGAGGGUUGAAAUGGAAGGGGAUGUGUAGAACUGAAUGUCGAAGAGAAUUCACGUCUGUGUUUUGUGUUCAGCCUGCUCUUUCACUUUCUUCUUUUUUUCUUUUUCUUUUGUUCUCUCUUUCUAUCGUUCUUUUUCGUUAUUUAGUUCACUCUACUCUUUUUCUCUUUAUUUUUCUCUUUCUUUUGUUCUUUCUCUUUGCUCUUUUUCUUUCUCUUUCUUUCUUUCGUUCUCUCUCUCCUCUCUCCUCUCUCUCCUCCCUGAGCUUUCUGUUCUCUCCAGCUGAGGAGCUCCAGACAGUUUAGUCUGGGAUUGUGCCGGGGAGAUACAGUUUAGUCUGGGAUUGUGCCGGGGAGAUACAGUUUAGUCUGGGAUUGUGCCGGGGAGAUACAGUUUAGUCUGGGAUUGUGCCGGGGAGAUACAGUUUAGUCUGGGAUUGUGCCGGGGAGAUACAGUUUAGUCUGGGAUUGUGCCGGGGAGAUACAGUUUAGUCUGGGAUUGUGCCGGGGAGAUACAGUUUAGUCUGGGAUUGUGCCGGGGAGAUACAGUUUAGUCUGGGAUUGUGCCGGGGAGAUACAGUUUAGUCUGGGAUUGUGCCGGGGAGAUACAGUUUAGUCUGGGAUUGUGCCGGGGAGAUAUUGAAAAGGGGUUAUUGUUUCUUCUUUGUCUCCCUCCACUUUUAAAAAAAUGUCUCCAUCCCUGCCAGUUGUAAGAACCCCUCUCCGGUUAGCUUGAAUUAAUUGCUCUCCCACCUGACAAAACAUUUGGCAUUUCCUCUUACUUUUGUGUGUGCGCACACUUGUGUGCAUCAUAUUCUUCCUCACAUAUAGAAAGAGGCACAAAAUGCAUUUGAAGAGCAGAGCGAGAUGUCAGUGUGCAUGAUGAUGGAGUGAUAAGAGUGUGGUGUUUUGUCUUCUGAGAUAUCACACUGAAUUAGAAAGUAACACAAUUAACACUGCUUUGCAUAUCAGAGUUGGUUAUGAUAAUUACUACGUAAAGUAAUAUGUGUGCUUGUGAAGUGCCCUUUGGGAGCGUGGGUUCUAUGUUGAUGCGAGUCUGAGGGGUGUUAAAUGAAGCUAAAGGCUGAUGUGUUUUAUCUCCUCAGGCUGAGAUUGUGAAAAGAUUAAACGGGAUCUGUGCCCAAGUCCUCCCCUAUCUGUCCCAGGAGGUAAGAACACCCCCUAACCCCUAACCCCUGACCCCUAACCCCACGUGGCGCCCUGCAGCCUGGAAUGAGAUCAUUCUUAUUUGACUUCUCAAUCCCUCCUCCCUAUAGCAUAUAUCCCUCCAUUCAUCAUUGAGAGCCCGGUAAUGAAAGGGACCAGAGCGCUCUGCUGUGAUCCAGAUAAGAUAUGCUCAUUUGUGUCCAUGACGAGAUGACCCAUUACAACAUGGGAGUGGAUAAUUGAUUCUCCAUCAGACCCCAGCAUUGUGUUAGUGACUUAAUAAUUGAAUCGGUAUGGAGCACAGGGUCAGUGUUGGUAGUAUUGAGCCAUCUAACCCCCCCCCCACCCGCAUGUGUGUUUGUGUCCCAGCACCAGCAACAGGUCCUGGGGGCCAUUGAGAGGGCCAAGCAGGUCACCCCUCCAGAGAUGAACUCCAUCAUCCGGGUAGGCUGCUCCCUCUAGGCACUCCUCAAUGGGGCUGAUACUCAUCACUAUCUAGCUAUCAAUCCAUCAUUAUGAUGCGUCUGAUGCUCUGGGUUUUAAUGGAGCUUUAUGUUUGGUGUUUUAGAUAUUGAUGAUGAUGAACGGUCUUUGUCUGGAAUAUGUCAAGGCUCAGUUGUACAUUUUGUGGAAUGGAUGUGCUCAGUUUGUACACACACACACAAAACACACCUGAGCACAUGUACAGUGGGGAAAAAAAGUAUUUAGUCAGCCACCAAUUGUGCAAGUUCUCCCACUUAAAAAGAUGAGAGGCCUGUAAUUUUCAUCAUAGGUACACGUCAACUAUGACAGACAAAUUGAGGGAAAAAAAUCCAGAAAAUCACAUUGUAGGAUUUUUUAUGAAUUUAUUUGCAAAUGAUGGUGGAAAAUAAGUAUUUGGUCACCUACAAACAAGCAAGAUUUCUGGCUCUCACAGACCUGUAACUUCUUCUUUAAGAGGCUCCUCUGUCCUCCACUCGUUACCUGUAUUAAUGGCACCUGUUUGAACUUGUUAUCAGUAUAAAAGACACCUGUCCACAACCUCAAACAGUCACACUCAACAAAAGUUUCUCUAUACUUUGUUAUAUACCCUUUGUUGGCAAUGACACAGGUCAAACGUUUUCUGUAAGUCUUCACAAGGUUUUCACACACUGUUGCUGGUAUUUUGGCCCAUUCCUCCAUGCAGAUCUCCUCUAGAGCAGUGAUGUUUUGGGGCUGUCGCUGGGCAACACGGACUUUCAACUCCCUCCAAAGAUUUUCUAUGGGGUUGAGAUCUGGAGACUGGCUAGGCCACUCCAGGACCUUGAAAUACUUCUUACGAAGCCACUCCUUUGUUGCCUGGGCGGUGUGUUUGGGAUCAUUGUCAUGCUGAAAGACCCAGCCACGUUUCAUCUUCAAUGCCCUUGCUGAUAGGAGGUUUUCACUCAAAAUCUCACGAUACAUGGCCCCAUUCAUUCUUUCCUUUACACGGAUCAGUCGUCCUGGUCCCUUUGCAGAAAAACAGCCCCAAAGCAUGAUGUUUCCACCCCCAUGCUUCACAGUAGGUAUGGUGUUCUUUGGAUGCAACUCAGCAUUCUUUGUCCUCCAAACACGACGAGUUGAGUUUUUACCAAAAAGUUCUAUUUUGGUUUCAUCUGACCCAUAUGACAUUCUCCCAAUCCUCUUCUGGAUCAUCCAAAUGCACUCUAGCAAACUUCAGACGGGCCUGGACAUGUACUGGCUUAAGCAGGGGGACAUGUCUGGCACUGCAGGAUUUGAGUCCCUGGCGGCGUAGUGUGUUACUGAUGGUAGGCUUUGUUACUUUGGUCCCAGCUCUCUGCAGGUCAUUCACUAGGUCCCCCCGUGUGGUUCUGGGAUUUUUGCUCACCGUUCUUGUGAUCAUUUUGACCCCACGGGGUGAGAUCUUGCGUGGAGCCCCAGAUCGAGGGAGAUUAUCAGUGGUCUUGUAUGUCUUCCAUUUCCUAAUAAUUGCUCCCACAGUUGAUUUCUUCAAACCAAGCUGCUUACCUAUUGCAGAUUCAGUCUUCCCAGCCUGGUGCAGGUCUACAAUUUUGUUUCUGGUGUCCUUUGACAGCUCUUUGGUCUUGGCCAUAGUGGAGUUUGGAGUGUGACUGUUUGAGGUUGUGGACAGGUGUCUUUUAUACUGAUAACAAGUUCAAACAGGUGCCAUUAAUACAGGUAACGAGUGGAGGACAGAGGAGCCUCUUAAAUAAGAAGUUACAGGUCUGUGAGAGCCAGAAAUCUUGCUUGUUUGUAGGUGACCAAAUACUUGUUUUCCACCAUCAUUUGCAAAUAAAUUCAUUAAAAAUCCUACAAUGUGAUUUUCUGGAAUUAUUUUUCUCAUUUUGUCUGUCAUAGUUGACGUGUACCUAUGAUGAAAAUUACAGGCCUCUCAUCUUUUUAAGUGGGAGAACUUGCACAAUUGGUGGCUGACUAAAUGCUUUUUUUCCCCACUGUAUAUAAUUGUUGCCAAAAAUAUUGGCACUCUUGCACGUUUCUUAGAUAAUUACCUAUUUCUUAUAAAAUAAGUUGGAAAAAUAUAUAAUAAAAUUGGUCUCCACAUCUUGUAAUUGGAUUUUAAACAUUGCAGAACAAUUAUUUUUGUUGUGUAAACUUAAGUUUACCAUUUUAAUUUAGAAAAUAAAGACUAAUGGCAUGGACAAAAUGAUUGUUACCAACGACUAAAUGAAGCAUUCAAAGACAAGAACACCCUCCCUACAAUCAAACAUGGGGAGGUUUGAUAAUGCUGUGGGAUUGCUUUGCUGCCCCUGGUACUGAAUGUGUGCAAGAACUCAUGAAAUCAGCAGAUGAUCAAGGAUUUUUGGAGUGCAAUGUUCAACUCAGUGUCUGGGACUCUGUUGAAGGUUGUUGGUCAUCCAGCAGGACAACGACCCCAAACACACAUCAAAAGCACCCUGGAAUGGUUCAAGAAGAAGCGCUGGACUGUUCUGGAGUGGCCAAUGAAGAGUUCAGAUCUGAAUCACAUCCAUAACCUAUGGCAAGAGCUGAAAACAGCAGUUGGAAUUAGAGAUGUUUGCUGUAGAAAAGUGAGCUAAAUUGCCAGUAAAAGUUGCAGCAAGCUCAUUGAUGGCUACAAGAAGCAUUUGUCGGGUGUUAUCUUGGCCAAAGGCUGUGCAGUGAAAUACUAGCUCCGGGGUGCCAAUAAGUUUGUCCAUGCCGUUUGUCUUUAUAUUUUACAUUUACAAUUGUAAACUUAAGUUUUAUGGUUCUGCGAUCCUAAAAAUCCAAUAACAAGGUGUGGAGACCAAAAGUUGUUUUCAAUUUCAGCUUAUUUGAGAAUAAAUAGGUAUUUCUUUAAGAAAGGUGCAAGGCUGCCAAUAUAUUUGUGUGUGCGCACGCACGUGCACUCGUGUGAGAGCCAUAUGUACCCAUCUCUGUAUCUCCCCUGUGUUUGAGCUGUGUGUGUGUUGUCCGCAGCAGCAGCUCCAGGCUCACCAGCUGUCCCAGCUCCAGGGUCUGGCCCUGCCCAUGACCCCCAUGCCCCUGGGCUUGAGCCAGUCAACCCUGCCGGCCGUCACCUCCUCUUCAGGCCUCUUCUCCCUCUCCUCCAUCCUGGCCUCGCAGGCCCAGCUGGCCAAGGAGGAGAAGGCUUCUCGCGAGGGAGCCGACAGCCACCGUGAGGAGGACGGGGACAAGUCCGACUAG